AUACCACAUAGUUCAAAAGGGGGAUCCAAAGUGAACGAACGACCGCGAAGGCGCAACGGAAUACAAAAGCGCGUCCACUUGCAAAAAAAACAAAAAAAUAUAAAAAAUAAAUAAAUGCCGCACUAAAAAUUACAAAAUAAAAACGACUCGUAAAGCACACGGUUCUGUGUGGCGGGAUACUCGUAUCAGAUGUCAGACGGCGAUAAAAAUACACAAAAAUUCAAAACAUAAAUGCGCGUGUUAAUGCAAAUCGAAUGGCAAAGUGCAGCUGACAGCACUUGACGAAAGAUUGAUGUGAUGUGAUGUCAUAAUAAAUAUUACUUUUGCCGCUUAUCGAGUACAAAUAAUAAAAAAAACUGCACACGAGUAUAAGCGUGAAACAAGCGAACGAAAAAAGUGAACCAAUAAACCAGUCGAAAGCGAAACUAAUUUGUGAUAACAACAUCCGACGGAUACGUGACUGCACGGAUACAUGAUGGACGUGCCGACUGAGUACAUGGUCUACCUGGAGACGGCCUGGGAGUGGGCGGGAUGCCUGCCCUACCUGCUGGUCACCUAUGUCUUCCUCACGCUGCUGCCCAAGUCCCUGCUGCGAAUGAAACGCUUCGCGGACGCGGACUACGAAGCGAAUCGCAACAAGUACCAUCGCUGUUACGGCCCCGAGCUGUGCUGUCACGUCCAGGCCCAGGAGGCGGCGGCCUCCAAGCAGAAGCCGAAGGCGCGGAAGCCCGUCACACGCGUCUAUCCCAAGCGACAGACUUCGACAGCGACGAAGGAGGAGCCCCCAGUGCCAGCGCCAGUAAAGCGGAGUAAUGUGACCAAAAUCGCACGCAUGUUCGAGACGGGUGCCACGCGGCAGGUGAGCCGGGUGUCGCCCGUCCUGCCCGAAAUCCGGAUGUUUGGUGCCAGCGAUGACUCGCACGACUCCACGCCCUGCGCCUCCCGCAAGACGAGCAUCGCCACACAGCUCUCGGCGCAGUUGCAGCACAUCGAGCAGGCUAUGCAGCUAUGGCAGGAACUGGAGGAAGAGCCCUCCAAGAAGUCCUCACCCUCACACAGCGACUGGGAACCGAUGACGGUGCCGGUGGUGCGACGCACCCGUGGCACCUCAGCCACACCCUCGACUGCCUCUCCGCUGAGCAGCUCGCCGGAGCCAGCGUCCCCAGUGCUGCUGCGGCAGCCGCCGUCGCUGUGCCUCAAGUCCAGCAUGGAGGACAUCUUCCAGGUGAUUGCCAGGAGCGCCGAGGAGCCGCACGCUUUCUAUGCGGACUGCAACAGCCUGUCGCCCGUCACCAGCAUCGAUGACAUUCUCUCGGAGCGAAGGUUCUCGCGUCCAUUGUCCGCGUACUCCAUCACGGAUCUGCUGAACGAGGAGCAGUCAUCCUGCGUGGAAGAGGCAACCUAUGUGAACGACACCAGAUGAGGGAGGACAGUUCCAGUAUCAAAAGAUUUGAUGAAUGAUCAGUUUUUAGUGCCAUCCACCCGCCCCAUGGCCCAUGAGUCAGAAACGGAAUCGAAAUCGGGUCACCCGGAAGACUUUAGCCCCGUCCUAAUCGUACCCUCAUCGCAUCGCAUCGCAUCGCAUCGCCUUUGUUCCCCACGAUUGUGACUCAGAAAUGGGUAGAGGGUUGCCUUGCCACGCCUUCCUAUAGUUUAUAUAGCCCCCCUCCUUCCUUCCAUAUGCAUUUUGUUUGUUUAAUCAAUGAAACCUUAAACAAGUCAAAGUAAACAGCGAUUUCCCUGUACUUAUUUAACCGUCAGCUAAAUGUUGAUUUUGUCUCAUUUAUUGUCUCUGGGGUAAAACAUAGCAUAGCGAUGCAUCUCAUAUGUAUAACUAAAACGAUCCUAUCGCAAAUUAAAUAUGUAUUAAAUAUGUAUGAAAUAUGAAUAUGAAUUUCUAGUAUUACUUGUAUGAUUAAAUGUAUAACUUAAACCUACAAGAAAACUGUAUCAAAUGCAACAAAAAUACACAACAAAACGAAGCAAUAA